GUUAUGGAUUCCAAAACGUUUCAGUUUGAAUUUAAGACCAGAGUAUGAAACCUUAUCAAAGGCUUUACUUAGAUCUAUGAAAAUUACAUCCACAGGAGCAUUCCGAUCCUUUGCCGCGGCCCACUCUUCUCGUGCAAUGAGAAGAUUUGUCAAGCAAGAUAGGCCUUUCCGAAAACCAUGUUGUGCCCUGGAGAAAAGAUUUUGCCCUUCAACAUAGUUUAUAACAGCUAUCCGAAUGAUUUUCUCCAUCAGUUUCACAACUGCACUAGUUAAGCUAACGGGUCUAUAGUUACUAACUAAAUCCCUACUCCCAGCCUUAUACACUGGACUUAUUAUGGCGUCUUUCCAGUCUCUAGGAUGUCUGGACUGUCUCAGAGACAUGUCGAAUAGUAUCGCUAAUGGUUCAGCAAUUUCAUCUGAUAUGGCUUUCAUAAUCCUAGGAUGAAUAUCAUCGGGACCACUGGACUUAUCAGGUUUGAGAUGCUGAAGUAGCCUUAAAACAGUAUCUUUCUCAAUGACUACAGGAUCCAUCAGCGAGCCGUCACGGUCACGAUGAAUCAUUGGUCGUUCCUCAUUACCGAUAGAAAACACUUUACUAAAAUAUUCCGAUAAAGCUUCAGCUUUUUCGGCAUCAUUCUCUGCUAAGAUUAACGGAUUGUCUCGUAUCAAAAGUGAUGGAAUUCCAUCGCUUCUCUUAGUUCGCCUUUUUAUAUACGAGAAUAACCGUUUCGGACUAUAUCUAGAAUCCCUAACCAAUUGUUUUUCGUAUGAAUGUCUAGUCUUGCUUAUUAACGCUUUACAGGCAUUCCUAAUCUUACAAUAACUGGAUCUGUAUUGUUCUAAGCCAGUAGAGAUGAACAUAUUCCAGUGAUUCUUCCUUUUUCUAAGGAGUUUCCUGACCGUUUUAGUUAUCCAUGGUGGACUAUUAUUCGGUCUUCGCGGUACCAGGUAUGGUAUGAACGGGGACGUAACUAGUCUAAAUUUACCUUUAAAUACAGACCAUGCUUCUUCAACUGAUAUGCUAGUAUCUACUAACCAAUCUGUCUUAGCAGCGCAUUCCUGAAUGGCUGAUAUGUUAGCUUUCCAUACAUUUGGGCGCGGUGUAACCUGAUCGUAUAACAUGUCCCUAGUUCUAAACGCGAAUGACAAAACAGCGUGAUCGCUGUUUACUAACGGUGGAAGAAUAUUUAAGUCGACAAUAUCCUCAGUCUCAUGAGUGAUUACCGAAUCCAGCAGAGAAGAACCCUGGUUGACACCAAAACGUGUGGGUUGGGAUACAUGCUGCACUAGUGCAUGCUCCAUUAUUGUUAUCAGUAACCUACUAUCAAAGGAGUUUAUAGAUCCUUCUGUGGUCAUAUCAGUCCAACUAAUAUCAGGUGCGUUAAAGUCUCCUAUUAUCAAGCACCUGGUAUUAUCACUCCAAAGAUGAAUGUGCUCUAAAACAAAGUCAUCAGCUAAGCAGAUUGGGCUCCGAUAAAUGACACCUAGUAUAAAUGUACUACAUCCUAUAGCCAACUUACAGCUAAUGACUUCACAAGUGCCGCUAUCAUGGGAUUCGCUAGUAGAGGAGCGGAUAUUUAUGCCAUUGGCUAUAUAUAACAGGACGCCGCCUCCUUUUCUACAUCUAUGUCUAUCACUCCUGAUGCAAUGGUAUCCGGAUAAUUCUGGAGUAAUGUCUAAGUCAUGGACUAACCAAGUUUCUGUCACUGCUACUAUGAGUGGCUUUAACCUGUCUACUAGUGCUUCUAGUUCAUAGAACUUAUUUCGUAAACUACGAGCGUUGGCAUAUAAAACUCCUAAGUAGAAAAGCCUAUCCACACAGGCCUUGGUAGCAUUCGCUUCCAAGACCUGACUAUCCGAAAACCCACUAGUCGGAGAUUUUCCUCGCCGUUUUGCCGACGGGUUUCAAGUUCAGCUAGUGCUUUCUUCCUUUUUAUUCUAUCUUCGAGAGACAUGUCAGGUCUAACUCGGAUGUCAGAAUUGUCGUGACAACGAGCGCUACUUAACAAGAGAUCCCGUUGCUUCUCCGAUCCUAGGAUUACCUUAAGGAGUCUGCAUGGACGGGGUUCAACAUUGUCCUCGGUCCUCUUGCCUAUUCUUACCAAUUUUUUGACCUGAACUCCUCUGGAGUUAUCUGGUAAAAUACUACGAAUGUAUUCUCCUAGCUUUUCUAAGUCAUGCGCGUGUCUAAUUUUCGGAUCAGGGUCGUUUGACUCCCGCAAUUUGCUCACAAUAAUAUUCGAUGUUAUUAGAUUUUUCUUCUCAGUCACGCCAGGAUGGGUUUCACUCUUACCUUCAGAUUUUGGUAGUGCAAUUUGUGGCUCACAAUUUGAGUCCACCAGUGAGUUACUAACUACCUGUGUACUGCUUACAGCUUUUUUCGUUUCGUUUCCUACGUACCGUAGUCCAUUUUUCAUCCCUCAUAACACUGGGACUAUUUGGAACGGUGACUGUUUUAUCCAGAUCUUCGGUUCCCAUUAAAAGUGCAUUAUUAACCAUGUCAGUACCAGGUGGUACUACUCCCCCUGUUAAUGUCAACGAAGAUUCCACUUUUACGUCGGUCAGAGUCGGUUGUUUGAGGCGUCGCGUAACAGCAGGUACUACACUGACACAUUCGUCGCUGUCAGUGCCCGUGUUGUCAGUGCAUAUGCCAUCCUUCUUUUUACAGGCCAAAGCCAACAGGCUCAUAGCCUCCUGUAUUAGUAAUGCCUUGUUGGCACAGCAAAACAUGCAAAGCCAAUGUGAGUUAGGCUUCGAGCAUCUUUUGUAUGCGGUGGGACUUAAGCGGGUGCACAUUUUGUGGAACCACUUAUGGCAUUCGUCACACUGCAUCCCCUCUUCCACAGGGAACAAACAGUUUGGUUGCCCACAUUUGUGAGUCUUACCAACCAUUGUAAUUCGAUUUAAAAGGUUUAAAAACAAAAAAUGAUAACAAUGUGAACACAAGUGUUAGUCAAGGACUAAAAACAGGUACUCAGGACAAAAUGUAGCAAAAAAUUUCAAACUUUAACCAAAGAACUCUUAGUUAAAGUCGACCAAGAAUGCUUUUUAGUGCAAUAAGUACCAAAAGCAAGUAUAAUCACCACAAGUACAAAAUUCACUGCCCUUUGUGAAAUUAGCGCGCCUACUCCUACACAAGAAAGCAUCCCCCGUCAAGAUAGACGGUGGCUGAGCAUACGUUACACAUGUAUUCUGUCAAUGAAAUUCCAAUGGGAUCACUAGUUUAAGUAGCUUGGUUUGUGUACAUUGCGUUUUGAUGUUAAGUGGUCGUAGACAUUUGGUAAGAAAUUUAGACUACUUUCACUUGUCUAACAUAUUAGAGUUUAUGUUAAAUUUACAUGAAGAACUUACUAUAUCUCGACUCGCACGUUCCCAUUAAAUGGUUAUAAAUGAACCAGUUAUAGUAUUAUAAUUUCAGUUUAGACUCUUCUUACCCCUGUCAUGUAUCUAUCUCACUAACAAUUAGGGAGAACUAUAAAUUAGACUUUACCCCAUAAGGUGUUUUUAACAGCUUUGGAAAACCCAAUAGCCCGGCUGAAACUAGUAAUUUAGACCACGUGAUCGUGACUAGGUUUUUAUUUUCUAGUUUCGAGUUCCCCCCUGACGAUGUAUUGCCACUUACUUAACAGUUGUCAGCAUAUCUGGUGCCAGGUUCAGUAAGAAGUAAUCGUUCAAGUAAAAAGUCUUUUCUGAAUGCUAUUUCCCAGCUACCUUUGUAGGAAUGGCCUUUGGUAUCAGUCCAAUUUUAUGAAAUAAAAUCUGUGGCUAUUUGAUAUUUUAUCCAAUACUUAAACUCACAGUUCACUUUUAAAUAGCUAAUAAAGUUGCGAAAAUGAUCAAGUUCUUUUUUUCAUUAGAGGAACUUCUAUUAUACUCCUUUGGACUAACUUUUAUAUACAAAAAAGGAAGCACAAUUCUUUCACUAGCCUAGUAGCUGCAAUUUUAUUUUGUAAGGCAAUUUCAUUUUCUGUCAAUACCAAUUUUAACUAGGUAAUUAUUUACUGACUAAUAUGGUGAAAUGAAACCAUACUUAUUCUACUAACCCUUUGCUAAAAAGGAAAGUGGUUGAAAGUUGAGUGCUCUAAUCAAUCAGUUAUUAUCCGGCUAUGGUUCAAAGUUCACUCUUAUAACCUCAAUAAAUAGGUGGGAUUAAAGUGGAGACGUAUUGUGUAAUUAAGCGUUAUUUGUUAUCUGUAGCAUCUAUAAAAACCUUUCUGUUUUGAUAUCGGAUGAUACACGCUGUAGCUACCAUUUAUGUAACCAACAUAAUCGAUUAUUUUCUACAUUUGGUUAGGCACAUUGUUUGUCGGGAGUAUUUACGACCUACUCUCAGAUCAACGGAUUUUCGGAAAUGGAUACGUUAUCCGAAAGUGACUUCAAUUUAUCCGAAUCACUGAAAUCUUAUCCAACGUUUGCUUCUAUGGGGUUAAAAGAAAACCUUUUAAAGGGGAUUUAUGCCUACGGAUUUGAAAAACCCUCCCUUAUUCAACAGAAAACUAUCAAACAAAUAACUUUAGGGAGAGAUUUGAUUGCACAAGCUCAAAGUGGGACUGGAAAAACUGCAACAUUUAGCAUAGGAACUUUGCAAAACGUUCUCCCCGAGAUCUGUCAAAUUCAAGUGCUAGUCUUGGCACCCACACGCGAAUUGGCUUUCCAAAUACAUCAUACUACAUCCCAGUGAUACUUGUUAAAUAUCUUAACAGAAUGUCAUUGAAGCUAGUUGGAGGUAACUAACUGUACAACAACAAUGAAUAUGACACUGUUGAUUCUCAUCUUGAAAACUGGUUGGUUUGCACUUCUGGAUUACUCCAUACUAUAAGAAUAUAUUCACUUGUGACCAACAAUGUUAUGUCAUCAUUGUCUGAUUACUUGUCUAUCAGAUGUGUCUCCUGUUGUGGUGGGCGAAACAAUACUAUGCAAAUGGCUCGCGAACUUGAUAAGGGAGUGCAUGUUGUCGUUGGUACUCCAGGUCGAAUAUUGGAGCUUCUUCGACAAGGUAACAUACGUUUAAAUAAACUACGUUCUUUGGUUUUGGAUGAAGCUGAUGAAAUGUUAAAUAGAGGAUUACACGAUCAGUUAGAGGAGAUAUAUCGCCGCCUCCCAUCUCAUACUAAUUCGAAUAACAAAAAGUCUCUCAGUUGUCAAAUUGUUAUCAUCUCAGCUACAAUGCUUAAAGAGCAUUUAGAAUUGUUUCAAAAUUUCACAUCUAAUCCUGUUUGUGUUCUUGUACCGAGAGACGAACUUAGUCUUUCUGAUCUUCAACAAUUCUACAUCGAUGUUGGCUCAGAGGAAUGGAAAUUCGAAGCGUUAAAUGAUUUAUUUUCCAGUGUUUGUGUUUCACAAACUGUUGUCUUUGUUAAUACUCGACGAAAAGUUGAGUGGCUUGCAAGUCAGUUGAAACGAGAAGGUUUUACAGUGGCUGCUGCUCACGGUGAUCUUGAUCAAAGCCAAAGAGAGUCAGUUAUGAAACAAUUUCGUUCUGGCGAAUGUCGUAUUUUAAUCAGUAGUGAUAUGUGGGCUAGAGGUAUUGAUGUUCAGACAGUGGGAUUAGUUGUGAAUUUUGAUUUGCCAAUGAAUACCAGUGAAUACUUACAUCGUAUAGGUCGUUCUGGGCGUUUUGGACGUACUGGUUUGGCUGUUAGUUUUAUUGCCAAUGCUGAGGAACGUAAACAGCUUUUAGAAAUUUGCAAUUAUUAUCAAAUUGCUAUUCCACCAGCACCAGCUCGUUUGGAUAAAAUGUUAGUCAUUAAUAAUUCUGUACACAGUUCACCCAAAAUAGCAAAUUCACCAUGUAAAUCUGAUACAAGCAACGGCCAACCUGUAAAACACCAUCAACUUGCGAAACAUUUAAAACGUAAGAAAAAACAACACAAGAGGAAAAAAAAACUUGAAAAUUGCAAAAUAAAAUAAACUUUGUACAUCUGUUUCUAUAAAUUUAAUGCAUAUGCUUUUUAGUGUUUUGAAGAUCAAAGGUGUUAUGUCUAAUCUGUAAUUGCUUUCAUGAAGGUUGUUAAUAACAGUUCAAGUCCAGUCUUUCCUAGUAAAAAUGACAGUAAACGGUAUCUGUAUAUUUCAAACCACCAAUAAUUUCGACCAAAUAGACAUACUGUCACCUUAUAUGCAGGUGAUAAUUUCAAUAUUAUCGACACUACUUCAUAAUUAAGAUAUAGAGUCUGAAUAUAUAUAAAUAUUUUAUUCAUAUGUUUUAACCCCGUACAAAAAUUCGAAAACAUUUGUCUAUCGAUUAUAAACUUGGUCGUGUUUAAUUUACUCUAAAUCAUCCUUUUCCACUACUAUUUAAUCAUUACCUUCGCUAAUGUACUCGAGGUCAAUCAAUCCUAUAGCUAUCAUUUCCUAAGGUUUACGGUUUUAUAAUAUUGUUCAGUGUCAUGCUUAAGAUUGGUGGGCACCCAGUGACCGGUCAACAUCAUUAUUUCAGUCCUACAGGAGGUCAUUCUCUGCUGGUACUUGUGAAUGGUGGCAUCCCAGACUGAAGCUUGGUGACGUGAACUCAAAUCACAUGAUAAGUACCAGUCCCCUUAUGAGUUCCUACUAAAACCUAAUGUAGGUCCAGGGUUUCCUGCUGACUCCGAAGGAAUAUGUAACACCAGAUACCCUAGUUACAGUAUCUCAGUAAUAUUGUCAAAUAUUUCCUGUAAAAUUUUGAUGACUCCAAUUCGUUGCGCCUUAGUAUGUAUCUCCUUUGCGGUGCGCAUCUACGACUGUUACUGGGGACCGAACCCGAAACCUUCGGUCUCGUAUAUGGACGUUCAACCUCUAAGCCACCAAACUGGGAUCCAGUGGUGUACACGUCUAACCUCAAUCGAUCCGCGAUAUUGCACGACCACCUUCUAUUGUCUUCGAUGGGUAGCCCACUUCUGGCACAGUUGGACUCCAUUGGUCACGGCUUCUCACUAGAACUGUGGAAUGUUCCCUUCGACGCUAGUCACCGGUGAUCAUACAGAGGGGGGAGUUUUGCUGUUUGUUGACUAUUACUGAGAUAAUGAGCCGAUCUAAGUUAGAUAACUAUUGAGAACCUCUCAAUUAUAUCACAUAACAACUAAGGAAUAUUGAAUUAGGUUAGCCUUUCUUGUCACUACACUAAAACUGAACACCAUAGUCCAAUACAGACAUCAUCCGAACUGCUAAUAACUUACAUUAUUUACCUUCACCAUUUAACUCCUUACGAGUUUCACUUACAAAUUUAGUAGGCCUAAUUGUUUUAGUAAUCUCAGAUUGCUUGUGGAGUUCCUUUUCAAGAGUCCUCCUACCUUAAACUUGAUAACUGAUAUUACAGAAAAGGGUGUGAGGAAAUUGUUUAAUACGUAGUUUUAGUAUCACUGGUUGAUCUUAAUCUCAUAUCUAGUUAUUUUAUUGCU